UUCCACUCCACUCCGUGCGCCCCCAACCACGCCGCACACUUCCGCGGCCUCCAAAAUCCAACCCCCUGACCGCCGCCGGCGGCGAUGCUCCUCUGCCACCGCAUCCUCCCGCGCCUCCUCUCCCUCCCCUCCAGCCCCGCCUCGAAACUCCUCAUCCGCCCCUCCCGCUUCCCACCUCGCCGUCCCUUCCUGCCUCGCUGCGCUGCGCUCUCUCAGCUCGCGGCCCCCCAAUCUGCAGACCACUCCGACGCCGAAGAAUCUGCUGACCACUUCGAUGCCGAAGAGCCCCAGGAGCCCCAGGAGCCGCAGGAGGUGCAGGUAAAGCUCCCCCUCGACCGGCUCUUCCUGCCACCGGGGGCGAGCGUGACCCCGGGGGACGAGGAGGUCGUGACCGCGCGGGUCCUCAAGGGCUCCAACAUCGUGUUGGGCACGUACGCGCGGGGCGAUGCGCAGGUGGUUAACGCGGAUUUCAUAAAGAGCAGCGUGCGACCGGAUGACUGCCCCAGGGAUGGUCUGCCCGAAUUUGCGCUCGUCGGUCGCUCCAACGUCGGCAAGUCGUCGUUGCUCAACUCGCUCGUCCGCCGCAAGCGCCUGGCGCUCACCUCCAAGAAGCCUGGCAAGACCCAGUGUAUCAAUCAUUUCAAAAUAAAUGACAGUUGGUACCUUGUUGACUUGCCUGGUUACGGAUAUGCUUCAGCACCACAAGUAGCUCGUAAAGAUUGGGAUGAAUUUACUAGAAAUUACUUCCUCAGCAGGGAUAAUUUGGUGUCAGUUUUUCUCCUUAUAGAUGCAAGUAUUCCUGCUAAGAAGAUUGAUCUUGACUAUGCUAGUUGGCUUGGGCAAAAUAAGGUCCCAAUGACCCUGGUGUUCACAAAGUGCGACAAGCGUAAGAAGAAGAAAAACGGCGGCAAGAGACCGGAAGAAAACGUAGAAUGCUUCCAGAACCUGAUACGCGAAUACUUCGAGGCGGCGCCUCCGUGGAUAAUGACGAGCAGCGUAACGAACCAAGGCAGAGACGAGAUACUUCUGCACAUGUCUCAGCUCAGAAACUAUUGGCGCAAGCAUUAGGAGGAGGGAUAACAAGAAUAGGACUGAAACAACAGUAAACUGCAUGCGAGCGGGGCAACCCCUGCUACGGCUUGAUGCAUCAGCACCUUUGCAAUCAGGGUUUCACCAACCAAUUCGCCUUUUGAGCUGUUGAUUGCCCUCUGGUACGUGAUGAUCACUCAAUCAACAACAGGCGGACCGGGAAUACAGACAAGCUGCUGAAAUCAACCACCCUGUUUUUUUCUUCUUCUAUAUUUGUAUAACCGUACAGACAAUCUCAACGUUUUGUCUUUGUUACUUUCUGAUUAUAAGAUUGCGGCGUCCUGUAUGUAGUAGAUUAAAGAAACAACUGUGUCAGCUAAUCAUCAUCGGGAAUCCCACACGUUUGUUUGUUA